UGCUCUGGCUCCUCCUGCCCAGGCCUCUGGGAAGCUCAAGUCCAGCUUGAGGUCUGUUCUUGGAGUCUUUGCACUAUGGGCUGAUGAGAAACCAGUACAUCAAGUGCUGGGUUUCAGUGCUCUGCACUCAGUCUGAGCCCUUCUGAGUGGUGGCUGUUGGGCAGUGGCUGCAGCCAGUGCCCUCCCAGCCCGGGCAUGAGGUGGAGCCAGUUCCCCCUUGAAGGGCAAGAGGCAACAUGCCCAAACUGGGGAAAGGCAGUUCAGGGGGAAUGGCCUCGAGCAUGGGGGCUUUUCUCCCUCAGGAGGGCUGAGACACAGACUUGCAGGGGCCCCUUCCAGCCUAUGUUUCUUUACAAGUACGUGCCAGACUCAGAAGGAACCACCACAGCAGAUGUUACUGCUGGUCAGGGCCAGGCCCUGCACUCACUCUGCUCCCUGGAAGCUGCAUUGUAAUUCCUGCUCUGUUCCAAACUGCUGCCAAAGGCAGCCAAGCUCCAUGGCCCUGCUGCUGUCCAUGCCCUCUGCCACCACCAGCAUCGUGUUAGGAGCCAGAGCUCCUCUACCUGCUGCUGCUGCUUCCCUCCGCGCUCCGAGUGCAGCAAGAGGCGAUGGCGACCUUCCGGGCAGCGUCUCCCCAGCACCACCUUUGGCUUUUACAUCCUCACGCUCCAGUCAGCCUGUUGGCUCUCCCAGCACGUGUCAGAAACACCUUGGAAAUCUGCUCCUGCCACACUGCUCAGGAUUCUCUUGAAUUUGGCACCUGCAGGAACAGAAGAUGUGCAAUGAACUCACUCCAGCAGGAGCACGUCAAGGCCCAGGCUGCGUCCCGCGGGGCACAACUUACAGUCAGCCAGAGGGUGCGCGCUGGGGCUCACCCAGGGAUCCAUAAAGCCUCCUUUAGCCCCUUGGGCCUUCACCACUUCUCACGAGCUCCAGUUCGCUUCAGACGUACAGGACAGGGACCUUUUUCCCCGUCAAAGGUGGUGACAAGUUUUAACAAUGCAGCUCUUCCAACCUGUGUGAUGACUUACAGCAAUGCCACAGUAACCCCCACCCAGAUCAACAAAAAACAAAACGGGGGGAAAACAAGAUCAGGGUGAGUUUUCCUUUGCUCUGAGACCAAGGCAGGGAAGGUGGCUGUGGGCAAGGGCAUGGCCGUGUCUGGAUAGAACCACCUUUCCCUGGCUGCCAACACACGGGAUGACAAGAUGGGAUGGUCCAGAGGAGCAUUUAAAAGCAAGCUGUAGUGAAGAGGGUGCUCAUCAUACUCAUGAUUUUGAAUAGUUUAUUAAAUGAAAGGUGAAGCAUCAGUUUUAAAUUGUACAAAAGGAAAAAAACCCACCCCCCCAUAUUGGAAAUGUACAAUUUACAGAAGUACUAGCAAAAACCAAGCCAGGAGACACUCAUAAUACAAAAACCUAGUGACUGCAAACCGAAGUGGAACCCCCACAGCAGGUACCGUCAGAACCAAUGUUGUGAUACAGUAUUUGACAAUGUUCAAGGAGGAAUCAGUUUUCCACACAGAGGACUGUGAAGCACAAGGGUGUGUGAGGCUACAACUCCGAGCGCAGCACCACGCUCACGGAGGGACGGCCGCGGCCGCUCCUGCCCUGGCCAGAGGAGGAGAAAGAAGGGAAGGAAGAGGAGCUGAGAAAGUUCCAGCUACGUGUCAGGUUUUACAUGUACCCAGCUGAGGGAUGGCUGCAGCACCUUGGCAAGCAUUUGGCAACCUUGUCUGAGACUGCGUGUGGUGUAAGAACCAAACCUCAGCCGCGGUUGUGUCUCAGUGACGCGGGAUUCUCUCCCCUCGCAGCCAGCGCUGGGCACCACCCUGUGCUGGGAUUUCCAGGAAGCUCCUAACGGGGGAAAACAAAAACCCAACAAAAAAAAAAAAAAGCAGCUCCAGAAUUACUUUGUGGUUGGUUAAAAAAAACAAAACCAAAGCACCUCAAAGUGUUGUGCUCCGAGCGGGUCAGGCGGCUCCGUGGCGGGAGGCGAAGGCUCUGGGGCUGGGUCCGAGCUCCUGGAGUCGCUGUGGUGGGACACCCCGCAGGGCCAGGCAGUGGAACUGAGGAGCAGCUACUUGGCAGAGUCAUAAAAUCGAAGCAUGAUGAGAUUCCAAAUUAUUGAAGACAUUGAAAAAAAAACCAAACCCAACUCUUUCAUUCCAACGCAUCGGCUGAGAAGGUGCUGGGCUUUCUUUUUGGACGGGUUUGGUUGGGGUUGGGGGUUUUUCUGAUGUUGUUUGAAAAAUGGUCUCUUUUCCUUUUUGUUUUUCCCCAAAGACUUACUCUUUAAUAUGCACAGUUAACACUGAAAAAUGUAGCUGUAUUCCAUUGUAAGCUUAAGAACUUCACCAUCUAAGCACAAGUCUCUAUGCAGCACGUACAGUACUUCUAACUGGCAAAAAGUAAUUUACAAAAAUAGCGCAGAAGGGUAUUUCCAGCAUGGAAAGUAGACUUCUCUCUCUCCUAUGGUACACCUACAAUCGCUUCUCGUUAGGCUAAAGUGAUUCCUUUCCCCCACCCUACUUGUAAUAGGAAAGUUGCUGUUUACGUACCUUGGGUUGGCAGGACUUGCGGUAGGUAGUAAAAACAGCAAAGUGAUUACUUGAGAACCAUUGGUGUGUUUUACUGAGAAUACUUUAUUUGCUGGUAUAAGUUGCUAAAAAUGCACAGAGCAAGUACCAAUAGAAAAUUUACUGUUUCUUUGUGUCCCCGUGUGCUAUAUAAAAUGAACGUUCCACAGCAUCUGUUGGAAAAGUGGCUUCAUGGACAUCUCUUACUUUAUGUCCCGUUAUAAAUAAAAAUAAAUCUUCUCGAGAGUAUAAAAUCUGGGUUUUUAUCAGAUCAGAAUCUGAGCUGUUUUGUUUUUGGCAGAGAUGCACGUCAUUGGAGCUCUAACCUCUUCUAGGAGAGUGUUCUUCUCAAUGCCUCUGAGAGGGUAGAAGCAUACCGUGAUGCUAACCAAAUCCAGUGUGUUCAAAAACACUUUGUCGGCAGCACGCCGCCGCGUGGAGCGUCGUGGCCAAGUCAGUGGCUGGUAGGCAUAGGUUUAAUACAAAUGGCUAGGCUUCUGGAAACAUAAAAAGGCAAAAUGUUAAAACUGGUUUUGUUUGAAAU